CCGUCGGGGGGGUUGUAGGGAGACGGCGCUGCCGCCAUUUUGUAGGGUGUUUGUCGCAGCGGCUGGAGUGAGAAGACGGCGGUUUGGCGACAUUUCUCGGCCAAAAGGCCUUUUCCUUUCGCGGAGAUGCGGCAUUCAAAAAGAACUCACUGCCCUGAUUGGGACAGCAGAGAAAGCUGGGGACAUGAAAGCUACAGUGGAAGUCACAAACGAAAGAGGAGAUCCCACAGUAGUACACAAGAGAACAGACAUUGUAAACCACAUCACCAGUUUAAAGAAUCUGAUUGUCAUUACUUAGAAGCAAGGUCCUUGAAUGAGAGAGAUUUUCGGGACCGGAGAUACAUUGAUGAAUACAGAAAUGACUACUGCGAAAGAUACGUUCCUAGACAUUAUCACAGAGACAUUGAAAGCAGUUAUCGAAUCCAUUGCAGUAAGUCUUCAGUCCGAAGCAGGAGAAGCAGUCCUAAAAGGAAGCGUAAUAGGCACUGUUCAAGUCAUCAUUCACGUUCGAAGAGCCACCGAAGGAAAAGAUCCAGGAGUAUAGAGGAUGAUGAGGAGGGUCACCUGAUCUGUCAAAGUGGAGACGUUCUAAGAGCAAGAUAUGAAAUCGUGGACACUUUGGGUGAAGGGGCCUUUGGCAAAGUUGUAGAGUGCAUUGAUCAUGGCAUGGAUGGCAUACAUGUAGCGGUGAAAAUUGUAAAAAAUGUGGGUCGUUACCGUGAAGCAGCUCGUUCAGAAAUCCAAGUACUUGAGCACUUAAAUAGUACUGACCCCAGUAGUGUCUUCCGCUGUGUCCAGAUGCUAGAAUGGUUUGAUCAUCACGGUCAUGUUUGUAUUGUGUUUGAACUGCUGGGACUUAGUACCUAUGAUUUCAUUAAAGAAAAUAGCUUUCUCCCAUUUCAAAUUGACCACAUCAGGCAAAUGGCGUAUCAGAUCUGCCAGUCAAUAAAUUUUUUGCAUCAUAAUAAAUUAACCCAUACAGAUCUGAAGCCUGAAAAUAUUUUAUUUGUGAAGUCUGACUAUGUAGUCAAAUAUAAUUCUAAAAUGAAACGCGAUGAACGCACACUGAAAAACACAGACAUCAAAGUUGUUGACUUUGGAAGUGCAACAUACGACGAUGAGCAUCACAGCACUCUGGUGUCUACGCGGCAUUACAGAGCUCCAGAGGUCAUCUUGGCUUUAGGUUGGUCUCAGCCUUGUGAUGUUUGGAGCAUAGGUUGCAUUCUAAUUGAGUAUUACCUUGGUUUCACAGUCUUUCAGACUCAUGAUAGCAAAGAGCACCUGGCAAUGAUGGAACGAAUAUUAGGACCCAUACCAACACACAUGAUUCAGAAAACAAGAAAGCGCAAGUAUUUCCAUCAUAACCAGCUAGAUUGGGAUGAACAUAGUUCUGCUGGUAGAUACGUUAGGAGACGCUGCAAACCAUUAAAGGAAUUUAUGCUUUGUCAUGAUGAAGAACAUGAGAAACUGUUUGACCUGGUUCGAAGAAUGUUAGAAUACGAUCCAGUACAAAGAAUUACCUUGGAUGAAGCACUGCAGCAUCCUUUCUUUGACUUAUUAAAAAAGAAAUGAAAUGGAAAUCAGUGGUCUUACUAUACUUCUCUAGAAGGGAUAACUUUAAGACUGUGUCAGUCAACUCUAAACAUUCUAAUAUUUUUGUAAACAUUAAAUUAUUUUGUACAGUUAAGUGUAAAUACUGUAUGUUUUGUAUCAAUAGCAUAAUUAUCUUGUUAAGCGAAUAUGGUCUUGAUAAUGAAAUAUAAAAGCUAAAAUUAAUUUUCCUUUUUUGAGAUUAAUUACCAUUUUUAAAGACCUUUGGAAAAAUCCUUUCUGUCCAGUGAUAAAUGUGAUUGAUCUUGUCUUUUAUACAUGGAGGUUGACUCUUUGAAGUGAUUUUUUUUUCUUUUUUUGAGUAAAAGAAAAUCUUGACUACUUCA